CUUUCAAAAAAAAAAUUUAAAAAAAUAAAAAAGCUGUCACAAAGGAGACUGCAAGAUGUCGGGUGAAGUGUAUCUGCUGUGGCUUCUUUCACUAUUCCAAACGCUCCUCUCCUGUGGAGCCGAGCUGUCGUCUGAGGCCUGCAGGGACCUGGGUUUCUCCAGCAACCUGCUGUGCAGCUCCUGCGACCUCCUCGGGGAGUUCAGCCUGACGAAGCUGCAGCCAGACUGCGGGCGGUGCUGCCAGCAAGAAGCACAGAUGGAGGGACGCAAGCUCUACCCAGGCGCCAUCCUUGAGGUGUGUGGAUGAAAAUUGGGGAGGUUCCCUCAAGUCCAAGCUUUUGUCAGGAGCGAGAAGCCUAAGAUCUUCAAGGGUCUGCAGAUCAAGUAUGUGAGAGGCUCCGAUCCUGUUCUCAAGCUCCUGGACGAUAACGGGAACAUUGCUGAGGAGCUCAGCAUCCUCAAGUGGAACACCGACAGCGUCGAGGAGUUUCUGGGUGAAAAGUUGGAACGCAUAUAAACAAAAACAAACUUUUUUUUUGUCACCUAGUUUGUUUGUUUUCAUGAAUUACAAAAAUGUCCCAAAGAGGAAAACUCUGGAUUUUCUUUCCGAUCAGCCGACUGUUUUCUUACGUUUUUGUCCAAUGUGGAACGAUGUCUCUAAAGUCUCUGCUCCAUAUGAAUUUAUCCAUGUUAUAUUUUUGUGAAAAUUUGACCAAAUUAGUUUAGUGGGGGCCUGACGCGUCCUCUCAGGAGAUCAUUUUCAAUGCAGUUCUGGAGAAGCAGUGUUUAAUUUUCUUGUCUGAUCAUUUUUGUAACGCUCAGCAGGUGGAGACGUAACGCUCCGUCCUGUUCCUCCGCAAACGCAGGCCUCUGCAGGGGCACACAUGUGUGAAGACUUCACAAGAACCCUGAUGGAGUGUGAACUCUGAUGUUUACUUUGUGCCUUUCUGCUCGGUCUGCUUUGAAGAGAAACUGGAUUAUUGCUGAUAUUCCCGAAGUUGAUUGAUGGCAUAAAUAUGCAAAAAUAAAACUGUUCUCUCUUAA